AUGAAAGAGAUCAAUGAAUCAACACCCUACUCCGCAUACGACAUCCACUUCCAAUCCCAACUCAAAUACAUCAAUUCAAAAUGCAACCUCAAUAUUCCUACUGAUAUUCCCGAUCCCCUGCAACCAACAAUUGAUCCAUACAAGCCUGCAGACUCGUGCGUAUCUGGCAUCAAAUACACAACCGUGGCCGGCGAUACCUGUGACUCGAUUGCUACCAAGUACAAAGUCUCCUCAGCCGCCCUGUUCAUAGGACACGACAACUUGUUCGAAUGCAAGGAUAUCCAAGUCGGCACAAAGCUGUGCAUGCCAAUCCAAUGCGAGACCGUCUACACCAUCAAAGGCGAGGACAGCUGUACAUCCAUCGAGAAGGCACAAGGCGUCGGAUACAAGGAUGGAACGACAUUACGCAAAUACAAUCCAUGGAUCAACUACGAUUGCUCCAAUCUUCAUAUUGUCAGUGAUGUCGCGUAUGGUCAUGUCAUUUGCCUCACGCCGCAGUCUGGUGCUUCGAAUGCCACUGCCCCGCCUUAUGAUCCAACGUCACCCGGCUCCGCUGAUGGCUAUGUCAUUCCGCAAAUCGAGCCCCCUAAAAACUCAACUGUUGCUGAAGGGACGACAACUCGUUGCGGCAAGUGGCAUGUUGUCACAAAUGAAGCGCUGCAAGAAACCUGCGCUACGAUAUGCAUACAGAGCAAGAUUCCUUGGAGUUUAUUCUUGGAUGUGAACCCUUCUCUGGGUCCGGAUAAAUGCAGCGACCAGCUGGUUGCUGGGAAUGCUUACUGUGUCGGGCCGACGUACAGCUGGGAUGAGUUCUUUGAUGAUGCUGAUACUGAUUGA